UGACUUCAGCAGCUGAACUAGCGGAGGAGAGGUCACAUGACCACAACCGAAAAACAAGAGUGAGAAACAAUGCCUUGGCCAGCCUUUGUUCUGCCUCCGGGAUCUCUCUGUGCUGCAGCCAGUCAACAGAGCAAGUAACCAGGCCCCUGAACCUGAGCAGAGGAUCCUGUUGCGACACUUCCCUGGUUUAAUCAGUGACUUCAAAGGAAUUGGCUCAGCACUGCAGCCGCCAGGCUUUGCAGAUCAGUGUGUGGUCUCCCUGCCAGGGCUCUGAUCACCUCUCCCCACUGCCUUCCCUCCUACUGCAGAUAUGGAGCCCAGGAUGUUGCAGCUCCUUCUCGUCCUCCAUGUCUUGGCCCUCCCAGUCCAGCUCUGUGAAAUCCCCAGGGGAAAUUCUGCUCUGAUCAAAUGCCUGAACACGGAGCUCUUGAGACUCAGCCAGGAUCUGACGGAGGAGCUCAACCCCAGUGUGUAUGUGGCCCUUCGUCUUUCUGCUGACCACAGUCUGGAGAAAGAGGCCCAGUACCUCCAGAGACUGAAGAAUGUUUUCCAGCCCAGUGCCAGCAGCUCCGUAGCAGGUGGCCAACAGAAGCAGCCCAACACGGGCCGCCUGGCUCUGUACCUCCUAGCACUGCGGGCUGCCUGCCAAGACAUGGAGACGCUCAUGGGGAGGCAGCUGGUGACCCGGUUGAAGUACCAUCUGCACAAGGAGAAGGAGCAGAUAGCUUUCAAAGGGAACGGCCGCCCCAUCACCAGUUACUACCAGUACAGCCUGGGGGUCUUGGCCCUGUGUGUCCAUGGCAAGAAGAUCGACACCCAUGUGAUCCAGAAGCUCCUGAAUGCUGAGAAGCACAACAAGUUCACGCAUGGCGGCAAGCUCUCCGUGGACACCAAGGCCAUGGCAGGCUUGGCCUUCGCCUGCCUGGAGCAGGCCAACCUCUACGAGCCCAGGCUAGUGGCAGCGAUCAGCCUCGCUGUCCAGAGAGUGACGGACAGGAUUCUCCAGGCUCAGACCACCAAGGGCACCUUCGGCAACAUCUUCAGUAGCCCACUGGCCGUGCAGCUCUUGAUCGCCACCGGGAUGAGCAAGAAGCCAGAGUGUCCCAAAGGCAUGGAUGCCCUGCUGGGGAGCCUGGAACAGGGUCACUUCCAGAACCCCAUGAUCAUGUCCCAGCUGCUGCCCGUGCUGGAUGGCAAGAGCUACCUGGAUAUUGCCACCAUGGAGUGCCGGGCAGAGCAAGCCUCUCCCUCUUUCUCAGACACUUUGGAGCUAGACACCAAGUGCCCAGGAUCCAGGACAGUAAUUCUGGGGACCAAGAUGAUCACCGUUCAGCUGGCUGUGGAGCACCCUCCGAGCCCUGAGACACUGUACAACCACUCCAUCCAAGUGCCCUCUGGGUCCUCCCUCCAGGACGUGCUGAGAACCGCUGUGGAGCAGGGCCCUGAGCAGUUCACGUAUGAAACCCAAAACACCCUGCAUGGGCCGUUGUUAACCGCAGUGAUGGGGGUGAAAGCCAGCAAUGGAGAGCGGAGAUACUGGCAGCUCCUCCAGGCCCCAGCCACCAGUCUUCAGAAAGGCAUCUCUGACUACCAGCCUCAGGACGGAGAGUCCAUCAUCCUGAAGUUUAGCCCAUGGUAGACAGCCUGCUGCCUGCCUUCCAGCUCCCUGCCCCACCUCAAUCCACAGUGAACUCUCUGUGUGUCUCUCUCUCUGCCCCAGAAGCAGGAGGUCUCAGCUGGCAUACGCUUGUCAGCCUGCAAGCCCUGUGCCCACAGAGUGGCAUCUUCCUCCCCACAGACUGAAGUCCAUAACGCAAGUCCCUGGCCCUCCUGGCGGGCGUGCGUGCGUGUCAGUCAAAAAGGGCAAAUUCCCUCCUGCCCCGGAGACCUGUUCUGCUGUGGAUCAACCACAACCAUCCACUCAAUGGAAACUGACCAUGCCAGGGGGUGGGGAGCAGCAGGUUUGGUGUGAAUGAAAAACCUUGAAUAUGACGACACAGCGCAUCAUAAUUCUGAUUUUCUAAUGCAGCUUUAACCCUUGCUAUGCUGUGGCUGUCUAAACUGCCACACAAUGAGUACAUAGGAGGAGGUGUCUGCAUCUUCCUGCUGGACACACUUUGCUCUCCCCGGGCCCACUGUACCAGCACCCUGGUGUGACUGGGCUCCUGGGAGUUCUCUAGACUGCAUCCCUCUUAAGCAGUCACUGCACGGCUCGCAGGCCAGGGAUUCCCUCCCUGCUCCCGCCCCAAUUCCUGAAGUGACAGAACUGCUGCUAUGAUGAGAGGAUGUGGCUGAUAUCUCUGCUGUCUGGAGAGCAGUGGGUGGGAACCUGGCACCUGUGCCGAGGGGAGAUGGUGCCUCCAUGCAGCCACUCUCCCUCAGUCUGACAUUUGGAUCUAAAAUGAUUAAAGCUUUGAUUGCAAACCUUA